AUGCCUGGCAUACUGCCCAUGAAAGUGAUCAAAGUCGGCACCAGCUCGCAGAGUCGGAUUGCUCAGGCCUGCGAUCGGUGUCGGAGUAAAAAGAUUCGCUGUGAUGGCAUCCGCCCGACUUGUUCGCAAUGUGCCAAUGUCGGGUUCGAGUGCCGCACCAGCGACAAGUUGAGCCGGCGCGCAUUUCCGCGCGGCUACACAGAGUCCCUUGAGGAGAGGGUGAGAGCCUUGGAAAGUGAAGUCAGAGAGCUCAAGGAUCUUUUGGACGAAAAGGAUGAGAAAAUCGACAUGCUGUCCAAGAUGCACAGUCACCACCACAUUCGUCGGAUCUCACAUUCGCCUGCCACGAGCCCGGCGGCUUCGGUAGCGCGGGAAUCCGCAAGGGAACCUUCGCCGGCUAAGGAGGACACAUUCCGUGUUCAAGCGUCGCCGUUGUUGCUAGGAGUCGAGAACUCGGACUCAUAUUUCAUGGGACCCUCCAGUGGUCGCUCAUUCAUAGAGGCUUUCAAGCGCAAGAUUCAGGAGAAUGGAAAGGCUUGCUCCGACUUCAACCCGGAGGCCUUCCUACAUAUUCAAGGAUGCUAUCCCUUGGUCACACAAACCCCCUCCUCCUCGAUAAAGAUUCCCCCACGGCUCUUUUCCGACAGGUGUGUCAACAUUUACUUCCAGGAGUGGGCACCACUAUUUCCAGUACUGCACAAGCCGACGUUCCUGCAUGUCUACGAGGAGUUUGUUGCCGACGCAGACAAAUUGAAGAGCCACCACAAGAUCGCUCAACUCUAUCUGGUAUUCAGCAUUGCCGCACUAUCGAGCGACUUGCCAGACACGGAGCAGAUCGCCGCCUGCGAAGUGCAGUGGCAAAAGGCACUAGACGCCAUCCUCAUGGAAAACACCAUGAAUACUCUCCAAUGUUUGAUCCUUGCUUUGAUGUAUUGCACUAUCCGUGCAGACUAUAAACGCUUGAUUCACUACAAGGGCGUUGCCAUAGCUCUAUCGCACCGUCUAGGCCUUCACCAGAGCCAGAAGCGAUUCUCGUUUGGCGCCUUGACGAUUGAGACGAGGAAGAAGGUGUUUUGGACCUUGUAUACGCUGGACUGUUUCUCGGCUGCAAUGCUUGGUCUCCCCAAGGUGCUGAAAGAGGAAGAUAUUCAUGCCGAGUACCCUUCAGACUGUGACGAUGAGUAUGUGACUGAGAAGGGCUUCCAGCCGACUUUGCCUGGUGAAUACACAAGGUUGUCGAGUGCACUGGCGCUAUUCAAGGUAUCCCGCAUCCUUGCCAAGGUCCUCGAAAAGAACUAUCCCGCCGCCACAUCCUACGACCUGUCACUACAGCAGAUUUCGAUGCUGGAUUCAGAACUCUCAGAGUGGAGCGAGAACCUGCCUACCCAUCUGAAGUUGACCUUUGCUCAAGACAAGCCUUCGACAGAUGUCACAGGCAGUCGCUCGCCUGUUUUGGCAUUGGCGCUCUAUUACAUUCGCACAUUGAUACAUCGUCCAGCCGUUGGCUCAAGCCUGGGCCCCAAGGCUGCACCAUCACUCAUCGCGCUUGGCGAGUCCAGCAAGCACAUGAUUCAGAUCGUUCAACUGCUGGAGGAGCGAAGCAUGUCAUUCUCCUUCUGCUUGAACAAGACGGAUGUGUUAAUGUUAUGCUCCAUGACACUCCUAUACCAGACACUCGACCUCAAGCACGAAAGCAAGCUUGUGAAAGAUGCGGAGCGAUUGGUCAAUGGCGUCCUCAAGGGACUGAUCAAGUCCAAGGCCCCGGGAUCGGCCAACUUACAACGUGUGGCCUCGUUGCUCAUCACUGUAGACGCGCCGAUGUCGCCACCUUCCGCUCGUGGCAGCCCAGAGUCUGUUGCAUCUACGGCACAAUCUUUGCGAGCCUCACUUCAGCAGGUCAACCUUUCCAGAAACAAGCCUCUCUACUCGCUCGGGCGCAAUUCGAUUGCUAGUGUAAGCGAAACCGAUUUGCUGUCUCAGCAGGAAAAGCUACGCCGCAUGACCGCACCACAGUCUACCAUGGUCCGCCCCGAGCUCUAUCGAUCACAAUCACGCGCUUCCUUUGAUGAUGCCUCGACGCCACGGCCGCAUGAGCACCGGCAGCACAGGUUCUCCUUGUCCCAGAUUCAGCAAAGUAUGAUGAGAAUGUCCUCGGCACAUAAGAAACGGACAAACCUCGACUACCUGUCGCUGAGCAACACACCGGCCACGACGGUGCCACCGUCUCCAAUCCAGUCUAGGACUGCCGUUCCACAACCACAAUUACAAGCAAAAACUCAGCAAGCACAAUCACCAGUCUAUCCAUCGUCUUCGAUAGCACCGCCCAAGGGCACUUCAUCGAAUGGAAUGUCGAAUUCCGAAUGGGAGUCCUUACUGGGCGCUCUGGACGGUGGACAGGCUAACCUGUACGAUGCCAUUUAUGGCGGUCCGGCACUCUCACUUGAGACACCACCACCAGUCCAUACGAAUUUUCCAGACUGGUCGCCGGACUCGUGGAAUUUGUCCGGCUUCAACCUAGGUGACGUGAACUCAAGCGCGCCGCCACCGCAAAGCGUACUCAGUUUCAGUGACGAGAGUCUCAGUUCCGGCGAUGAAUUGCCUGCCAGCGAUGUCUAUUUCAACAUGAAUGACGACUACCGCGGCAGCCUACUCCAUCCCAAUCGACCUUCUACGGACGGGUUGAUACUCAUAGACGGACUACCUUUGGAUUUAGGUCUUUGA